CGGACGGAAGUGCUUAUAAAGUGUAGCCAUUGCAUAAAUAAGUCAAAUUAGAAUCACAGUACUUCAGGGCCAGCCAUAUAGAUAAUAUCGACAAUAUGGCAGACCAAGCAGCGAGUUUAGAACCAUUCCUCAUCCUGGCUCGCUCUACAAAAGGCGCCGCAGCGGCUAAGAUUAUCUUGGAUGUUACAGCAGCUCCUGGUGUCUAUGUUUUCUCUGAACUACUUGAGAUGCCCAAUAUUCAAGAAUUGAGCUCUGAUGCGUCGUUCGGUGGGCACUUUCAACUAUUGCAACUAUUCGCAUAUGGAACUUUACAAGAUUACGAGGAGAACAAAGCGAUUUUCCCCCUAUUGAAGGAGGCUCACAUUAACAAACUGAGACAGCUUACCCUUAUUUCUCUCGCCUCGCAACACCGCUCUCUUCGGUAUCAAGAUAUCACUCAAACUCUUCAACUCAAAACACUACGACAGGUUGAAGAUAUCGUCAUUGAUACAAUCUACGCCGGAUUACUGAAUGGUAAAUUGCACCAUGAUAAGAAGGUAUUUCACAUUGACUGGGUGGCCGGGAGAGAUGUGAGAGAGGAGGACCUUGCCGUUAUUCAAAAGAGCCUUGAAAACUGGUGUCAAACAGCUCAAACCCUUCUCGGCGCGCUCGACACUGAAAUAACACAUCUCCGCCAAGAAGCUGUCAAUGAAGCUUCCAAACUUGCAAGAUAUCGACUCCACCGAGACGAAGUCUACGAGACUGUAGCCAACGAGCUUCGCAACGACAAGGCCGAGAAGAGCGCAAAACGAGGAACUGAACCUGGCGCUGAAUUUGAUGCCCAACAAUGGAGCGCCCAUGGUAGAGGCUAUGAGGAGCAGGUCGGGUCUGCUACCGGUGCUGGCGCGACAUUUGGUGGGAAAGCGGGACAAAAUAUUCUCCAGACUUUGGCACAUGUUGGCAGUCUAGGAGGAGCAUUUUCAGGGAGGAAGUGGUAAUCUCACCAGAAAUGUUUCUGGAGGGAGUGAUGAGUUGGAGAACUAUAGGGCGUUCAAACGAUCAAGAGAUUAAUGUCGAAGCAGCCUCACAAAGAAAUGUUUGUAACAUUGUAUAUAUAGAGCAUAAUUUGUACAACUUGGGAAGAGGCACUCGCCCAGAAGGCAUUAUAUUAGACCCAGAAUGUGAUCCGUGCUACGUGCUUCGACUUUACAUGUCAAUGGUU